AUGUUGGACGACGAGGCAGAUUUCGUGGAUACACAAAAACCAUUCGAGUGGCGGUAUCUUGCAUGGGAUCCACAUACAGCCUUGCCGCAGAGUGUGUCGGAGCGUGAAAAGUACGAGAUUGCACGCACGAGAUCCCUCCUUGCGCAAGUCCAUCUGGCGCCCAUUUCCAUGGCACAACAGCGAUGGCUCCUCGAUCGAUUUCAUUAUGUGCGAGAAAUCCUCCUGUCUCAAACGGAUCCAUGGACAAAGGAUAGCUCGGCGGUGCAUGGCUGGGCGUUUGCAUCGAUCCAAAUUGGGAUGCAUGGCGACUUGGAUGUGGCAGGCGGCAAUGUAGCCGAGCUGGCGAUCAAGGCGCCGCACAUUGCGCUGGCGUGGAUUCGGUUUACAUGCGCCCUGCCUCCCAUUUUUAUUCCUAGUCAAGAGGAACUACGGUCGUUUUUUGUGGGGCUCGCCCAACGUAUGAGUGAACUUGUGCGGCCGACCCAAGUCGUGGAUCUAUGGUCGCAUCUAUUGACGGUGCCCGAUGACGUAUGGGUCUUUGGCUAUACACAAGAUCCUGCAAUCCUACGCUUAUGCAUUCCUAUGCGAUGGCUUGUACAGGCGUUAUCGCUGCCGUACUUUGUGGUACAGUGUGUGUCGCGCAUCGACGCAGCGUUGGAGCCGCUGAAUAGCAUGGAGGUCCCAGCCCUGUGUAUGUAUGCUACCAAACUCCUUCAAAAAGGACUGAUCUGUGCUCAAGAAGGUCCCUCGAGACCCCUGGCCCUGCUGGAUGCCAUCCAGAUUUACGACGAGGAUCAGCAGCGACUCUCGCCCGAGGAUCUGAAGUCGGGGCAUCGACGUACGCUGGACCACAUCCAAAAGGAGAUCACAGAGCUCCAAGAAUCUCUCUACAGUAUGCUGUGCAGCUUGGCCCUAAGUCAGUCUAAGCAUGCUUACGGCGCACAACUGUAUGAAGAGUUAUGUACGUGCGCGCACGGCGACACCGCGUAUGGCGACGCUCGCUUCACCCUACCGACGAUGGGACGAAGCGAACGUGGUAGCGCAGCGCAGGCGCUGCUGCUGCUCCAAAUCAGCUUACGUCUCAUCACAUUUGCGUUAAAUCAGGUGCUCAUACGCACGACGUCCCCCGCCGUCUUUGGCGCGGCCAAUGUCCAGUUGGAAUUGGUGCUGAGCAUUGUCCUCUCGCUCGCUCGUGAAGGCGUACGUGCUGUAAUGAUGCGCCAGCAGGAUGAAUUGCGACGGGGAGCUUCACCUGCUACGCACAAUGUGGCGCUUGUCCCUGUCGUGGCAGGCAGUCUCCUUUCCGUUAGUGUAGGCUACGCCUACCUCCAUUGGUUCGCACCCACGACGCUAUGGGAGCAAGGCGGCGACGCUGUGCCUUGGUCUGUCACAUUGUACUGUAUAGGCGCGCUCCUGGAACUGUUUGCGGAACCUCUGUACACGUAUGCAUUGGGUCUACCGCAGUUUGUCAUGGUGCGUAUGGCGAUGGAGGCAGGUGGUGUCCUGGCGAAAUCGAUCGUCAAUGUCGUCCUUUUACAGCCCGUGUGCCUCGCAUGGAUGGCACGCAGUCUUGGCAGUGUAUGGCAUGUCCCAUCUAUGACGACUGUUCCUUAUGCCUUGCUGGCCUUUGGGUGUGCGCGCGUCGCGUAUGGCGGUAUGGUCCUGCUCGUCGCAAGCAUCAGUAUCGCCUCGCUUCGGUCCUGGCGCACUGUUGGGUAUACGCUGUGCCCCCAGCAAGGCUGUACGAUGCGUGAUCAUGCUAUGUGGUCCUUGAUUCGCGUCACAACGGGGCAAUCCAUCCUCAAACUUCUGCUCACAGAAGGUGAUAAAAUGGCCAUGACGCGAUUCACGACGCUCGACGAACAGGGCGGGUAUGCGUUGGCGAGCAACUAUGGCUCGCUGAUAGCUAGGACGUUUUUCCAGCCGAUGGAAGAAAGUUCGCGCUUGCACUUUGCGCCAUGUGCAUCGAGUCGCUCGAACGCUGACCAGGCAUCCGCAGCGCAGCUGCUCAGUGUGAUGCUGCAUCUGCAUAUGUUGCUAGGGACGUGUAUUGUUGCCGCAGCGCCGCCCUUGGCACCGUCCCUGUUAGCAUGGCUCGCAGGGCCUCAGUGGGCUGAUUCCUCCGCCGCCGCCAUUUUAGCGAGUUACUGCUGGUACAUCCCUGUGAUGGGUCUCAAUGGAAUGGCCGAGGCCUUCGUCCAGGCGGUUGCGCCGCCUAAGGUUCUUGCGUGGUACUCCCGUAUCCUCCUUGGCUCUAGCGCGAUGUUCUGGGGGACUUUGGUAGGCGGGUCCUACGUCCCUCUUCUUGCCUCGCUCGGCGCAAGUCGGAUGGUAUGGGCUAACGUUCUUGCGCUGAGUGUGCGAGUUGCUGCGUCGUUUUGGUACAUUCAGCAGUACUGGGCAUCGACACCGUUCCAUGCACAGAUGUCCCUCAGCUCGUUGCUGCCGCAUACCAGUGUGCUCAGUGUGUGUGUGGGCUGUGCGAUGGUGGGCCGAGCAUGGCUCGCGCCGGCGAUGCCAUUGCUCCCUAUGUUGGCCUCGAUGGCUGGGAUGGGUCUCUGUAUGUUGAUGGCAUUAUGGUAUGGGGAACGACAAGCGAUCUACGCCGCACUCCAGGUGCUGCGCUAG